AUGUGCCGCUCGCAGACAAGAUUCAAUGAAGCUCGGCGGGUGGACAGCAAAGCCAAAGGCAAAGCCAAAGCGCAGGCUCGAGCAAUGCAAGUCGACAUCGGCGAGGUUGCGUUUCAAUGCCGCAGCUCAGAGCGUCGGGAUCAACUGAUCGCUGAUCAUGACGGCGCUAGCACACUGGACUGCAAACAAGACGACAACACUGGCGGCGAGCACGCACCGCAAGCGGACGACGAUAGAUGGUGCGUCAUCUGUCACACUGUGCCGAUGGUAGAUGCUGCGGUGCUACCAAACUGUCUUCACUCGCAGUUUUGCUUUUCGUGCAUCGUUCGGUGGAGCACGAUCAAACGUACGUGUCCAUUGUGUCUGUGCUCGAUGGGCGAGUACGUGAUUCACAGUGUUCGUGCAGACGACGAUUUCGUACGUUACUACCUGCCUCCCGUAUCGCUCGACGCUUGUUCAAUCCGAUCUGGCCCAACGAAUGUCGGUGCGCGUGCGUCAGCUGAAAGGCGCACAAUCGUUUCGCAGGUGCAACGUGCUCGAUCACAACGAAGCCGCAACCGCUCUCAACCAACGCUGGCAUUUCGAGCGCACGUCUACCGGCAUGCACUGUACGCGGCGCAUGUAGGCUCGAACCACCACACGGGCUAUACCGCGUGCCCUUGCCCCAGCGCGAUCCGCGCCGACGUGCGCAUCGGCGGCUCCAUCGUGGCGCGUAUCACCACGUUUCUCACGCGCGAACUUGAGCUCUUCGCGCACGUCGAUAUCGAGUUUGUCACCAACUACUUGAUCGGCUUGCUCCAGGUGCAUCGCAUCGGAGACGACGAGCUGGUAGAAUGCGUCGCCACGUUUGUCGGAGGCGAGCACAAGGCGAAACAUUUGCUCCACGAGUUGGAAUCUUGGUUGAGAAGCGGUAGGACCGAAUUGAGGUACUGGGACUCCUCUCCGUGGUUGCAGUACCAACACACGCAGCCAAAUCCAUACACCGACGCGCAUAGGCUGUCUUCUCGCUCAGCAGCAACACGCAUCGCAUGA